AUGGUUGAAGGUGGUGUUUUACUGGAUCAGGAACAGUUCACCUGUUCGAUCUGUCUGCAUCUGCUGAAGAAUCCAGUGGCUAUUCCUUGUGGACACAGUUACUGUAUGGGCUGUAUUAAGGGCUACUGGGAUCAGGAUGAUCAUACUGGUGUCUUCAGCUGUCCUCAGUGCAGACAGACCUUCACCCCAAGGCCUGUUCUGAACAAAAACACCAUGCUGGCUGAAGUGGUGGAGAAACUGAAGAAGACAGGACUCCAAGCUGCUCCUCCUGCUCACUGUUACGCUGGACCUGGAGACGUGGCGUGUGAUGUCUGCACUGGGAGAAAGUACAAAGCCGUCAAGUCCUGCCUGGUGUGUCUGGCCUCUUACUGUGAAACUCACCUCAAACUUCACAAUGAGCUUCACCCAGGAAACACACACAAUGUCAUCCAUGCUUCUGGACGCCUGCAGGACAAUAUUUGCCGUCAGCAUAAAAAACUGCUGGAGGUUUAUUGUCGUACCGAUCAGCAGUGUAUCUGUCUGCUGUGUGUGAUGGAUGAACACAGAGGCCAUGAUACAGUCUCAGCUGCAGCAGAAAGGACUGAGAAACAGAAGCAGCUGGGGGCGACACAGAAUGAAUUCCAGCAGAGAAUCCAAGAGAGAGAGAAGGAGCUGCAGGAUCUGAGACAGGCUGUGCAGUCACUCAAGCGCUCUGCACAGGCAGGAGUGGAGGACAGUGAGAGGAUCUUUACUGAGAUGAUCCGCUCCAUUGAGAGAAGGUGCUCUGAGGUGAAAGAGCUGAUCAGAGAUCAGGAGAAGGCUGAAGUGAGUCGGGCUGAAGGACUCCUGGAGCAACUGGAGCAGGAGAUUGCUGAGCUGAGGAGGAGAGACGCUGAGCUGGAGCAGCUUUCACACACAGAGGAUCACAUCCAUUUCCUCCAGAGCUGUCAGUCUCUCUGUGCCCCUCCUGGACCUGGAGACUUACCCAGCAUCACUGUCAGUCCACACAUCUCUUUUGAGGCUGUGAGGAAAUCUGUCUCUGAGCUGAAAGAGCGACUAGAGGACGUCUGCAAGGGGGAACUGCUCAAAAUUUCUGAAUCAGUGAAGGAAGUCCAUACUGUAGAGCCCUGGACCAGAGAGGAUUUCUUACAGUAUUCCUGUUGGCUCACACUGGACCCCAACACAGCGCAUGAACAGCUCCGUCUGUCUGAGGGGAACAGAGAGGUGACCUGUGUGGAAGAGAUCCAGUCAUAUCCUGAUCAUCCAGAGAGAUUUGACUCCUGGUGGCAGGUGCUGUGCAGAGAGGGUCUGUCUGGACGCUGUUACUGGGAGGCUGAGUGGAGUGGAGAUGUGGUUUAUAUAGCAGUGUCAUAUAAAGACAUCAGCAGGAAAGGAAAGGGUUAUGACGCUGCUCUGGGACGUAAUGACAAGUCCUGGGCUUUGCGCUGCUCUCACUCUGGUUACUCUUUCUGGCACAACAGUGAGAGCACUAAAAUCCCUGUUCCCUCCUCCACCAGAAUAGGAGUGUACCUGGAUCACAGGGCAGGAACUCUGUCCUUCUACAGCAUCUCUGACACAAUGACCCUCCUGCACACAGUCCAGACCACGUUCACUCAGCCCCUCUAUCCUGGGUUUUGGUUUUCUCGUGGUGAUUAUGUGAAACUGUGUGAUCUGUGA